AUGCCAAGCCAUCCAGAGCCAGCCAGCCAGCCAUACACAACAUUCAGAUAUACCCAUGGAUGUCGCCAUGAUGUCGCAGGGUCCAAUCCCCGUCCCGCCCUGUCAAAUGCCAUGCGGAGCUUGGAGCUUGCGGGGCUGAAACGUGCAAGGGCCCGAAAGAGGGUUAGCUUUUCCCCAUAUGUUAAAAGCUUAAAAAUUAAAAAGAUGAUCCUCAACUUCAGAGCAACUACUAGGACUCUGUGCAAAUGGAUGCCUCCGGUCCCGGCCGCCGUGCGUCGAAUUGAGUUGCCUCAAAUAGAUAUCUCCACUACGAUAUCCGAAUCUACAUUGAAUUCUUCUGAGCUUCAUAUGUGUGCACGGUGGGCUGUUUCAAAAGAGAACAAAGCAGGAAGAAGACCAAAUAACGAUGUAAAAUAUGGGCGUAAAACAAAUGUGGUGCUUGGGAAUCAACUUCAAAACCAAAUCAAUCAGCCACACACAAUCUCAUCACAUCGUACACAAUAG